UCGGCCGGCCCCGCCCCGGGUUGCCCAGGUAGCUGGGGGCCGGCCGCCUUAUUCCCCAGCGGCCCAGUGUUAGGCAGGGACGCGACGCCAGCCCGCCGGUGCCUGGCGCCAGGAGCAGCCUCCCCCCCCCCGAGUCCAUGGCGGUGCCGGGGCCGCGGGCCCUCCGGGCUGCGCUCUGCAGCGGCUGCUGCUGCCUCCUGCUCUGCGCCCAGCUCGCGGCGGCCGGUAAAGAAGGCAGAGGCUUGGGCAGAGGGGGCCUGCUCCGCCUUAACAUCUGGGGCCCCGCUGCUGUCGCCGAGUGCAAACAGCUGGAAUCCUGCCGGCGCUGCGUGGAGGGGGAACCUGCGAGGAACCUCUCGGGCUGUGUGUGGGAGCGCUGUGGGGGUGAGGAGCCGGGACAUGGACACUGUGUAGCUGGUGAAGAGGGGGCCAAGGAAGGCUGCACCGUCUAUAACCACACAGCUCUGUGCCCAGAUUGUGUUUCCUCAGCUGCUCCACAGUCACCUACCCAGGAACCAAAGGCAUUCACAUCAGGCAACCCCAGCACUGUCCCACCCCUGGACUCCCACACUCCCAGCUUUGAUGGGGCUAGCUUCGUCGGGGGCAUAGUGCUGGUGCUGAGUCUGCAGGCCGUAACCUUCUUCCUCAUCCGUCUCAUCCGGGCCAAGGACAGCUCCUAUCAGACACUAGAGGAGAACCAGUAGGUCCUGGCCCAAAGGACGGCCUGCCUGGCCCCUCCUGGGGACCUGCCCCUUCCCCUGGGUACUAGGGAGGGACCAACGUUUGCAGUUUGUUUUGUUUUAAGUGUUGAAGGGAAGGCCCCACCUCUCUGCCCUGAGCUCUUGUCCUGGGGAGGGAAGGGGACACUCUUUCCCAGCCAUCCCCUUCAAAAACUGGGGAAAGGUUGGAAACAGGAGGAUCUCCUGUAGCCCCCAACUGGCCCUCCCCAUCCCAACCCCAGGGCUCAGGAGGGGGGGAGGGAGGGAUCCUAGUGUGUGGUGCUGUGUGCUGUGGUAUGGAGCCAGGCCCGAGGGGCUGCCUGGCCUUGGAGGCUUGGCACAAGGUCUGCUUCUGAAGCCCUGUGCCCAAAGCCCGCAUUACAACCCACCAGCUGGCCCUCCCGGGCCACACUCUUUGUCAUGGGGGCUAGGGCCUCCUGGGGCCUUCUGGGGCCAAACCUUUACCAGAAUCUUCGCCCGGCCCCCCUCCCCGCAGGCUCAGGGUCAGGAUGGAGGCGGUCCACUGAGCCCAGAGAAGCCGCCCCUCUCCUCUAACCCUCCCCCAAUUGAAUAUUUUUUCCAUCCUGUGAUCUCCA